GGCGGGUAGUGGAAGAAGCCGAGUCGAGUGAAGUCAAGUACAACAACAACAGAAAAAAAAGCUUCAUUGUUCGUAAAAAUACCGAGAUCGUAAAGAAAAUGACGAGCACGCUGAAGGGCAUCACUCUGAAGGGGAGCGCGGAGCUGGUGGCCGAGUUCUUUUCUUAUGGCAUCAACAGCAUCCUGUACCAGCGCGGCAUCUACCCCCCAGAGACCUUCAGCCGUGUCACGCACUACGACAUGAGUCUGCAGCUCACCACCGACCCCAAACUCAAGAACUACCUCACCGAUGUCGUCUCCCAGCUCAAAGAGUGGCUGUGUGAGUGCACCGUGCAGAGGCUGGUCCUGGUCAUCACGUGUCUGGAGACCAACGACGUCCUGGAGCGGUGGCAGUUUGACAUCGAGUGCGACAAGUCGGCCAAGGAGAACAGCGCCCCCAGAGAGAAGUCCAUCAAAACCAUCCAGGACGAGAUCCGCUCCGUCAUCAGGCAGAUCACAGCCACAGUGACCUUCCUGCCGCUUCUGGAGACGCCAUGCGCCUUUGACCUGCUGGUUUACACCGACAAAGAUCUCGUGGUCCCCGAGAAGUGGGAGGAGUCCGGCCCUCAGAUCAUCUCCCAGUCGGAGGAGGUGCGUCUGCGCUCCUUCACCACGUCCAUCCACAAGGUCAACAGCAUGGUGGCCUACAAGCGCUCAGACUCUCUGUGAUCCUGGGAUCCAGAGCCGAGUCUUUGUGCCUCUUCCCCCUCUGCGCUCUCGUGUAAAUAUUCUGCUCUCUCCACGACUACUGUUUUGUUUGGUCUCCGUCAGCCUGUUUUAGAGAAUAGUUUUUUGUAUGUUCA